AUGGUGUAUCGAUUGGGAUCUAAUAAUGAGGGUCAGCUCGGUUUCGGUCGCAAUAAUUGGGGACAAUUGGGACGGCAUGUGGAUAUGGAUGUGAAUGUGAAUGUAUUCGGGUGGGGGUGUAAUAACAGGGUCCAGGUUGGUUGUGGCGAUAAAAGAUUGACAGAAAAAGAGAAACAAAAUGUUUUGAAUGAAACGCAACGUCAUAUGAAACUUCGGUCAGAACUCACAGAAUGUGUGCAAUAUUUGCACGAAAAGCAUAUCAUUCAUAGAGACCUCAAACCGGAUAAUGUGUUGAUUUCAAUGGACGGAGAGAUAAAGUUAUGUGACUUUGGUUUGGCUAAAGAGCCAAACAUACCGGAGAUGUUGGCCCUCAACAUUAUAUGGCACCUGAAGCUAUAG